UUUUCAAAACCUACAACCAACUAAACUGCAAACUAAAAGCUUGAAUUUCCUCUGUGUGUAUCUUGAGUUGCAAGUUUUAACUGCACAAAAAAAGUGGAAUGCGUAUGCCUAAACUGAAACGGAAGUCAGCUCCUUUGUCUUCCAUUAAAUGCUAAACUAAAUGAGAAGCAUAUGACUUUGCUUAAGUCUUUAUUGCAUGAAACUGCAGUUGGUCCAGUUAAAGCUUUGAACGAUAAGAGCAACUAUAUUAACAUAUUAAGUUGAAUAUUUUCCAAUAUAUUAGUCGAGCAGGACUGAUUUAUCAUUUUGCAUUCAAGACUGCAUGCUGACCCAGCCUUAUUUACCCCACAGAAGGUGCUUUUAAAGUUUGACAGUAUUUGUAGUAGUAUCAUUUCAGACUGCUGAAAAUAAUCUCACUCUUGUCUAGCCAUUUGGAAUUAAUGAAGAGAAAACCAUAUUGAAACAGUCACACAAGAGAUCUCAAUCAGCGAAAACGUCACAAAGAAAUCAUUCUGCUUAGUCCUUCCAGCUCAAUACAAGCCUCAGCCUCUCAAAAUGAAGACUUUGCAGAAAUUUGGUCUCUUCUUUUAUUUUUUGUUGCCCUUGGUGAAGUUGGCACCACCUAAACAACACUCAGCCACAUUUUAUGACCCUGGUUUGGCCACUCUUGAAGAGACGAUAUUUAAGCAAAGUUAUGAAGACAUAAUAUUUAAGGAGGAUUAUGAAGACAAGCCACAGGAUGCAGUAAAAAAUAAGGAAAGCAAUGAUAUGUUCCUUUUCCAUGAAAAUGAACUGCAAAUGCAGAGAGAUGAAGAGAUACUUAAUGAGGGAUCAACAAAUUUAACAGAUUUGGCUACUUGUCUGCUGUGUGUUUGUUUAAGUGGUUCAGUUUACUGUGAAGAAACAGAUAUGGAAAGUGUUCCAGCUCUGCCAAAAGAAACUGGCUAUCUUUAUGCACGUUUCAACAAAAUCAAGAAGCUGAAAGUAUCUGAUUUUGCUGAAAUUCCCACACUGAAAAGAAUAGAUUUGACUGGAAAUAUGAUACAAGAUAUUGAAGAUGGGACCUUUGCAAAACUAGUAUUAUUAGAAGAACUUUCACUUGCUGAUAAUAGACUUGCCAAGCUUCCAACUUUGCCUCCAAAGCUAACUUCACUCAAAGCAAACAACAACUUUAUUAAAAGCAGAGGAAUUAAAGCAAAUGCUUUUAAGAAGUUGACCAACUUGUCAUUUCUCGACCUAGGACACAAUUUACUCGAGUCUGUCCCACUUAACUUGCCAGAGAGCCUGCGUACUCUGAAUCUUCAGUUCAACAACAUAACCAGCAUCACAGAUGAAACAUUCUGCAAAGGGAACAAUCAGACCCGUUACGUUCGGCAACGCAUGGAUAUCAUAAGAAUGGAUGGCAACCCAGUCAUCUUGGGAAAGUAUCCCAAUGCUUUUAUGUGCCUGAGAACCUUGCCUAUAGGCACAUACUUUUAAUUAUUAACAAAACUGAAAAUGGUAAAAAGUAGGUAAAGAUUACCAUUUUAUCACGGUUUCAAUUUGUCUUUCCAUGUUAAUAUCUUCACAUAUGUAUAUUCAACACUUUUAGCCGUUAUAACUUCUACCUUAACUUGGUGAAAUUGCACGUUCUGAUUUAAUAAGCCUGAGCCUUUUUUAUUUCUAGAACUUAGACUCAAAUAUAAAACCAGUAACGUAUUCUUUUUACAAGGGAACCAAUCUACAGGCAAUGCCCCAUCUAUGUGCAUUCAAUAUGUGCAUGACGAUGUAAAUGCACAUCACGCUGAACCCGAAAGUGGCCCAAAAACAUCACAAAAAGGGGCUGAAUGGGGAGGAGGUGGGGAACAGGGUGUUUGCAGGCUUUUGUUUUCAACUGUGUUUCAAAUAUGCACUAUUUCACUGACACGUGCAGUACCUCGGAACGUAACCCCCACAUAAAUGGGGGGUUGCCUGUAUUUCAAAAGAAUAAAGAAAUUUUUAAAAAAUGCUUUAACACUGUGUGGAGAAUAAUCAGCUGAUGUAGAGAGAAGGGGUAGCAUUCUCAUGUGACCAGUCUAAUGUGUUUUAUAUAGGAAACACAUAAUGCACAACAUGGGAGAAAUGAGACAGACUCUGCUGAAGCAGAAUAAACUUUUGUUAUUUUCUAGCAAACAUAAUGUAGCUGGAUUUAAGACACCAGUUUUUUGUCUAAUGGCAAAGUAGGACACAAUAUAUUGGGGAUAAAAUGGAGGCAACAAACAGCUUUUCAUCUUUAAUCAGUAGCAGACCUACAAAUAGAUUCCCAUUGUUUAAAGUUGGCAACUUCUUAGUUUGCUUUUCCACUCACAGAAACGGAAGUGUGAAGAGAAAGCAAAGGGUCUGUGUAAAGGUGCAUGAACCUCAUACAAAUCCUAGGUUAUUAAGCCAGGAUUUCAUCAUGUGAAUGAGACCAGUCAGAUUGAGUUGGUUAGAUUUCUGAAGCAGAAAUAGUCAGCACCUGAAACUCAUGCUUGGCAAUAUUAAUAUUGCUUAAAAGAUACCAUGCAACAUAGUCUCUGCAUUGAACACUGUUACCAAGAAACAAUUACUCAUUUUCUGUAAAACCCUGAAGAAUAUUAAUAACUGAACAAUUCAUAAUGCACCUUAUUGACACUCUUUAAGCUGUCAAUGUACUUAGAAGGGAAAUGCAUCCAUUUUGGUAAUAUUAAGUACAGUCCUAUACAAUUCAAAUAGGUAUUUACAGACAACCACAAUCUUAUGCACAAUUCUAAGUUAGUCCUAUUGAGCUCUGUGGAACUUGAUUCUACCCAAUCAUGCAUAGUACUUUGCAGCAAGAAUAAGCAAUAACUGUGAAUUUUUAUUGUAUUUAAUAUAUCACUCUCCUCAAGCCACCACAUGACUAUUUUUAGAUUGUGGUACCUGUGUUGUGAUCAGCCAGAGUUUAAACCCUUAUCUCAAAACAGAAGUCAUUUGGGCUGGUUUGAAUAUAAUGGUCCAACUUUGUGCAUGUCAGCUGAAGACUUCUUCAGAAGUACCUUCUUUAUCAGUAAAUUCUGAUCUGCGUGCUCUUUUUUUCAUACCAGAUAUGCUCUUUUCUGAUUUAAUUAUUUACUAACAUUGAAGAUUUUUACAACUAUUAAGCUCUGCUCUAGCUCUGCUGCUUUAAUUGUACUAUGUAUCCAAUCUCAUUUACAUGGCAAAAUCUUUAGAGAUUACUGUUUGCUUUUAGUUUGUGUGUAUUACCUAUUGACUAAAACUCUAUUGACUAAAACAUGUCUAAUAAUAAUACAAAUCAUCAGAAAGAAAAAGAAAGAAAGAGGACAUACUUCACUAUUCCUUUGUAAGUAAAUGGUCUUCUGUGACUGGGCAAAGAUGGUAAUACAUAGUUUGUCUUUGGCAAAAUAUGUGGUUGGGCAAUGGCACCAAACCUCACUUCCAUUUUAUUACCUCAAUACUUUCCCUUUUUGAGCACUUUCAAUCUCCACCUACAGCCAGGUAGAUUGAAUAUUUAUUUGAUCACAGCAUCUUCCUCAGUUUUACGUUCUAUGAUUUGCCACUCCUUCUACUACAUCCUAUGACAGACAAAUUGAACCCUUUAUUUGCUCUCCACUAAACCCUUCUCCCCUUCCCUCAAUAGGCAUAUUGGGGGAAUCCUCAAAUUGUUGUGACCCAGUCCCCAGUCCUCUUCUAUGACAAUUCCAGAGUUACCAGACUCGGAAUCUGUGACUAACAGUUCAGACUUAGAUGAGGAGUCUUGUCAGCCUACCAACCACACAAUGCUCUUGACUCUCCCAGAACCUCAAUAGACAAGACAGUGAAAAGUUUCAACUCGGCAGUCCACACAAUCAUAAAACAUUAUUUUUGAGGGACUGAGAUUUUUAAAAUAGCACAGAACCAAACAACCAUGAAUUUAAAUUUUCCCCAAAACUUGCAGUACCAUUAAAUUAAGCCAUAUUUCAAAAACCAAUGUCAUUCAGUUUACUCUUGUUCCAUAAUGAAGCUGGUUAACAGAGAAAAAGGAAGGUUUAAAAGAAAGCAUAACUUUUCAAAACACUACCUUGAAAUGGGUCAAAGUGCGUUUCCGAUGAUCACACCACUCAGUGAAAUAGGAGAGGCAUUUGAAGAACAGCAAGAGAUUCCCACUCUCUUCAACUCUAGAAAACAACAUUAUGCCAUUAAAAAAAUAUUUCCAUACCCCUUACAAAAAUUCAUUUAUAAUUUUUUAAAAAAUAUUUAGAACAUGAUUAGAUUUUCUUUAGGCCCUCUGUUGGAAAUAACUUGCUAAAGCUGUUCAAACCAAAUACCACAUCCUUUUGUGUAUCUUCUGUUUAGGGUGAUUUGUUGUGCUGUUUUAAACAGAUUUGAGAGGCUUAGUUCUGAUUUGGAUGCAAUGCUAAUCCAUAGUUUGUUUAGCUUAACUAUAAUUUGUUUGUACAUCUGAAACCAUAGUUUGGGACCAUCAAACCAGUACUGUAGAUUACAGUUUGCAGUUGCUUUGUAAAACUCAGUUUGCGUUAACUGUGAUUUGUAAUUACAUCUAUGUUCCAUAUCCUGGCUUAAUUCUAGUUUGUUGCAUUGCUCCACGAAUGCUGCACAUUCGCCUACACAGAUACAAGUGAAGAGUUGCUGAAAAUUAAUCUGCUUGCUUGGUUAAGAAACUGUCACUGACACUUUCACAGACCUCACACACCCUACUCACUCUGCCCGGCAGCUCCAUUCCCUACCAUCUCAUGAUUGUCAAGCUUCCAGCAGCAAUGAUGGAGUGGAAAGGCAGGGAAGAGACCACAGGCACUUUUACUCAUAUCUAACAAGGAAUACAUGUUAAAAGCACAAGUUUGCAAGCCCUACCAUCACCAACAAACUCUGGGCAGGAUUAAUCUAAUGAGUCCCAUCAGCAACUCCUGAAAUUGAUUAAGGUGAACAAAAAAGAAAAUGCUUCUGAAGUUAUUCAGCCAUGUGAGAGGUGGGAACAUACAAGCCCAAGGCUCACUGCAAAUUGUGCAAGUCAUGCUAAACCACUGUUUACAGUCACAUGAAAAUGAAGUCGUUAAAAGAAAAUUGUAACACAUGCAAAAAACAACAGCUUAUGAACCACAAGCUAUGUGUGAUAACUUUUAAUGAUGUUGAACAAGGAAAUGUUUCAGAAUUGUUGGAUUCUACAUUAAGUCUUACAAAAAAAAAAAAAGGUUUUU